GAGGGAGAGAAGCAAACUGAAACCCUAGCUGCUUGCUGAGGCCCGCCACGCAACAACACGGCACGAUGCGGCGGUGGUGCUGCUCCUCCGCCGGCGGCCUCGCCCGCCGUUUCCUCUCCUCCCCCACCGUCGUCCAUGCCCGCCCGCCCGUGUCCUCCCUCCCCUUCCGCCGCGACCACUCCCACACCCACGCGCCUCUGCCCAUCAUGGGCUCGCUGUUCCACUCCGCGGCAGCCGCUGCGAUCGUCCGGCCUCCGGUGAUGGCGAUGCAGGUGCGCCACUACGCCAUCAAGGGCAGGUCCCGCGCGCCGACCACGCCCACCAUCUCCAAAGUCAAGAAAUACAAGAUGAAGGCCCCCUCCUCCAUGAAGUUCCGCUUCAGAACGAUGAAGGACGGCCAGAUCCGCAGGUGGAGGGCCGGCAAGCGCCACAACGCACACCAAAAGUCCAAGGAAGCAAAGAGAAGACUUCGGAAGCCUGCUUUAGUGCAUUUAGCUUAUGCCAAAGUUAUAAAGAAGCUCAACUUCUGCGGCUAGGAAAUUGAUGGAUGGAGGAUGGUGAUUGGCACAUGAAUCUGAUCAAUGAAUACUGAUUGCCAACUUAUCUUGUUACAUUUGUCCUUUGAUGCAUUGCCAUCAGAUUUUUGUGCUCCCAUCUCUUCACCGAUGCCGAUGAUUAUUUUAUUGUACUACCAUCCACUUGUUUUCUAAACAAUCAGUUGAUAAAGGCUCCCCUGUGUUUUGUUAUGCACACGGAGAAGACUCACCAUAGUGAUGAUAGACAACCUGCUGCCAGUAAGGAAACUCUAUGUCCCUUGUCCUAGCUUCAGAUUCAGUGAGCUUCACAUGCCAAUGUUUUGACCUGGAGUUCAAUUGUAGAAAUUCAGAGGACAUUGUCCUGUCUUAUGUGCUGUGUUUUCUCGAAUCA